AUGGCUACUGCAGGUACAGGUUGGAGCAGAGCUCUGCGCAGCCGAUUGCUCCAGCAAAGACUCCCACAUGGCAACGCUAGUCAACAGUUUGAAUUGCGAACCGCAUCCAAAAUUCUGCGAAGCUAUACGACAGCAACUGCGGGCCAAGAUGAACCCCAUGUCAGCGCAGACCAGGAGACCUCCCUUGCACCUCUAUCUGUGUCGCGAUCAAGUGCCCCCGAGAAUGCCUUCGGUCGGAACUCACGUCGUCCCAAGGUGUCUUCGGGUGAGUCUGAAGCCAGAAAACGAGAGGAUUUAUUGAUGGAGAUUGCGCAACAAUCUUCAUCUCAGGUCAAUCGCAAACAUGUUCGUUUGGAAAUGGAGUGGGUGCAGGAUCCGCUUCUACUGGCACAGCGAGUCUCGACGGCCUUAAGAGGGGGUGAUCCUGCCAUGGCAGUGGCACUCGCUCGGGAGGCAACGAAGCAAAUCCCAGGGACAAAAUUUGUCGUGGCAUGGAAUCGGAUCUUUGGGUAUUGUUUUGAUAAGGGUCAUCCGAAGCCGGCCCUGAGGUUUUUCAAUGAUAUGAAAAAGCGCGCUGGAAAGCCAAACCCCCAAACAUUCACCAUUCUCCUCAUGGGGCUCCGGAAAUCCUCCAAAGUUCCUGGCUUCAAUGUCGUACGAACCGCGGAAGCCAUUUAUAACUCAAUCUCUGCCGAGAACUCCGAAGUUGAACGCGACAUAAUUCAUACCAAUGCGAUGCUAUCAGUCUGCCAGUACCACGGAGAUAUGGACACACUUUGGCGCAUUGCUGGGGGUCUCCCUGAACAGGGACCAGGAGCACCGGACAUGUCAACUUAUACGGCCAUCCUGGGAACCCUCCUGUUUGCCCAUCGCAACAAAAUCAAGACCAUGGAUGCCAGUCAGAUCGACCAUAUUUUUGCUCUCAAGGCUCAGCUCAUCAACGAUGGCAAAAGGAUAUGGGCCGAUAUUCUCUAUCGAUGGCAAAAUGACGGCCUACCUCCUGACGCUCAUGUGGUACAGUCCAUGGCUGCGCUGCUGUUGGAAGGCGCCAGUGACCAUGAUUACUACGAUGUUUUCGCUCUCUACCAUCAAACCAUGGCGAUUCCCAUUUUUUCAACACGCCCGCCCGAAAGCGCCAAAAAUACGCCUACCUCGACAUGGAGGUUGAAGCAAACCAAACUUUCCGAGCCGCCCGUGGAAGAGGAUGUUCCGUUCGUGGAUGAAAACAAUCGGACAUUGAAAAUAAACAAGGAUGGGCAAGAGGAGGAAAAGCCUUCUAUCGAGAAGGAAGAGGAAGACUUCGACUCGCUCUUUGAUCCUCUUCCCACGGGGCCUGUGCCGGGACUCCAGCCUGGGAACAAAGACCUCACAAUCAUACAGGAGGCGUGUCUCAAUAUUACCCAAGGGAGUAAAUCCGGUUAUGAAUACUGGAAACAUUUGACAUCGACCUCAACGUCACCACCCAUCGAACCAGACGAGGUCGCUGCCAUCCAGUUUCUGCGUCUUCUCCGUGUAUCGCGAGCAAGUAACAAGGCUGUUGAACUCGUCCGAGGCCAACUGAUCCAGUCGGGGCAAGUUAGUGGGAAGAUUUUUCAUAUCGCUCUUUCUGUCUGUCGUCGCGACAAACACAAUCAUUCGUGCCUUCUACAUGCAAACAAAAUCAUGGACAUGAUGGGCGAAUCUUUGGUUCUCCCUGACCUCCGAGCGCUCCAGGGAUAUCUCGAAUUGGUCCAGGCACUAUCACAACAACCAGGUAUCCUCAUGUACCUGAGAGGCUUAGGGAUCGAAGAAGGACGCGAGGCACGUACCUUGCGAACCAUGGGAAAGAAGUUGCAAGCGAAGCUUCACCUGUUUGCGCUUGCGACUCUUCGACCUCAUUUUGCUCAGCUUCACGAGGCCAUUGAGCGAGGAAAGCCACUCUCAAAGAGUCGUUGGGACUCUGUUCGCAAUGGGAACGGCGUCCCGGGGGCUCUGGCUGUCAAGAUAAUGGCCCGUAUUCGUCUGAUGAUCGACGAAGUUUUGAAAUCCGAAUACUCGACUUUCGUCUCCAAAGCCGAGCGCGGAGUGCUCGAAUCGGAGUCCAUCACGCUGAAAAAGUACUCCGAUCAGAACGUCAUUAUGAAGUUGAGCGCAGAAACUGUCUUUGCUACACCAAAACAGCGCAGCGUGCACCGUGAGAGAAAAACGAUUCCUGCGGUAUCGGAUACGUGUGAACUUGAUGAGCAGAAAACUGAGAAGACGUUGGAAUCUUCGUCUUCUCGCCCGGCCGAAUCUGAGCCUUGA